AUUUAUUGUUAGAUACGAAAACAGUUUUCCAUGGUGGAGGUGUUAUAUCCGAGGCAGGAAUUUGACAAAUCUGGUUCCCGAGAAACGGGAAUUAGACCCUUAAUUUACAUCAUCGUUUUGCAGUGGAGACAGUGGAUGUGUGGAAUCUGAUUCAGAUUUAGACUGAGAGAGGAUGCACACUACUCGCAGUCCCAUGUCCAUCCAGUCUGGAAUGGCUGGCGACGCACUCGAUCUGAGCUUGACCGGAUCACAGCUUCCCAUGGGGCGCAGACCCAGCAGCGCCUCACCAGGGAAACACUUCUCCCGCUCUAUAUCUGUGUCUGUGGCUAGCGAUGGACGUGGCAAACGCAACACACCGGUUGAUGGUGGGUUUGGGAGUUCCCGUGCCAUUAAGAAUCUGCGCCGAUCAAACAGCACCACGCAGGUGAACCAGCAGGCCAACCCCAGACUCGGUGACGGCCAGACAGAGGAUUUCUUGGCUCUCUUUGACAGCAGCACCGAUGGCCGCAAGAAACUAGCCAGCCUCACUAAGGCCUCUCCAGACCGCACAACGUGGAAUAUUCUGGACGACCAGCCGCGAGCGUUGGUGUUGCCCUCCAGCUCCCGCAGCACCUGCAGCAUGGAUUCUCCCACUGGGCUGAAAAAAAGGGACUCUGGCAUCUCCCUGGCUGAUAACUUCACUGCCAACAACAGGAGCAGUAAAGCAGCUGUGGGCAACUCCGUGACAACCAUGCUGCACAACAACCACUCGGACAAGCCCCUCACACCCAAGAGCUCCAAUCAGAAACCCUGCUUCAAUAACAUCAUCAAAGCCACAGUGAACGAUGAGGGGACGAUAGAGAGCAGCUCCCUGACCAAAUCUCAGAAGAACUUCUCAGCUUCAUCAGGCUCUAAUAAUAACGUUUCCAGCUCGCGAAGUCCUCGCAGCCCUCGCAGACGAGAGGUCACGGAGGAGGAGGCUGAGAGGUUCAUCCAGCAGGUCAGCCACGCAGCAGUCACGAUCCAGCGGUGGUACCGGCGCCAUGUCAGCAGGAGAAAAGCAAACGAAGCAGCCCUCAAGCAACUGCUCACUUCAAAAAGAAAGGAAAGGGAGCUUCAGCAGGGUGAAGAAAAGGCUAUGAAAUCUCAGAAAAAGAAAGAGGAGGACAGGAAACGCAUUAGAGAGGAGAAGGCCCGACUGGCUCGGCUCACAGCAAUCCAGGAGCUGCAGCAGAAAAGGGCACAGAGAGCUGAGGAGGUGCAGCGAAUAGCAGAGCAGGAAGUGGAUGGCCUGCAGAAGGCCGGGAAAGUGGGCCGUAAGAAGCCUGCUCAGAGUUUGCCCACGUCUCCAAUAGCCGCCAAGGCUAAGAACACAGAUUCCAAUGUGAAUUUGGAGAGCGAACUAGAAGAUGUUGGAAAUCUGAGGGCAGCAUCGCCCAAGGUGUCAACACGAAGAGGCUCUCAGUGUUCUCAGGAGAUUCUGCAGAGGUCUGUGAGUGUAGAAGACCAGAGACAGGGGGCACCAUCAAGCAGAGCUCAUUCCAAAACGACACUCAAUGACCUGCUGGAUUCCCUCAAACUCCUAGAGGAGGCGCCAGAGAGAUUCUCAGAGGAUAAGAGCUACAGGAAGGAGAAAUAUGCAUGGAUUGAAGAGGGUGGAGGCUCCAUCACCCUAACCACAGAUAAUGUAGAGAGGCAUGGGCAGCUGAGCCAGAGUCCUGCCCUGUCAGAAGGUGGAGCGUUACUGUCCGAAGCCAAGCUGCAGAGCAUCAUGAGCUUCCUGGAUGAGAUGGAGAAGUCCGAACAGGAGAGGCCACGUUCAGUUACAUCAGGAUCACACAGAGAGGUGUUACUGUCUGAGGAGGAGCUGGCUACAGUGGAUCAGGCUUCUGCUACUGCUGCUGAGGUUACCGGCUCGAUGAUGAGACUCAAACUAGAGCUGGAGGAAAAGAAACGCACUGUCAAUGUGCUGCAGACAGCACUGACUCAACAGAGAGAGCUGACGCUUCAUCACGUGAAGGAGACAGAGAAAGAGCUCAACCACAACUUUCAGUUACAGAAACAACAGUAUGAGGCUACAAUCCAAAGACAUCUCGCUUUUAUCGAUCAGCUGAUCGAUGACAAGAAGGCCCUGAGUGAGCGCUGUGAGGGGGUGGUGGCCGAGCUCAAACAGGUCGACCAGAAAUACACAAAAAAGAUCAACCAGAUGCAGGAGCAGCAUGAACUGGUGUGGCAAAUUCUGGGUCCCUUGUGUGAGGAGAUUAAAAAACUCAAAGAGUUGAUGAGCACCACGGAAAAGAUCCGGCGUGAGAAGUGGAUCGAUGAGAAGACCAAGAAGAUCAAGGAAAUCACUGUGAAAGGCUUGGAGCCAGAGAUCCAGAAACUGAUCGCCAAGCACAAGCAGGAGCUGAAGAAGCUGAAGGUGAUGCACGAGGCCGAGCUGCUUCAAGCAGACGAGAGAGCAGCGCAACGCUACAUUCGACAGACAGAUGAGCUCCGACAGCAGCUGGAGAAAGAGAGAGACGAACAGUGCCAGCGGGAGAGGGAACUUGCCAAGCAAAGGUUUGAGAAGCAAAUGCAGGAAGAAGAGAAUGCCUUACAGCAGCAGAGGAGACGACUCUACAAGGAAGUCGCUGAAGAGAAGGAGCGUCUUGCCCAGCAAGCUUCAAGGCAGCAGGCCGAGCUGGAGGAGUUAAAGACUCAAUUGGAAAACAACAGCUCUCUGGCUAAUCGCACUCUCAGGGAAGAGGUGGAGAAAAGCAGAGAGGAGCAGGAGAGGCGGCACCAGAUGGAAAUGAAGGCUCUGCGGGAACGGCUGGAAAUAGAGAAACAGACAUGGGAAGAAAAUUACAUGAAAAAGGAGGAAGUCUGGAUGCUUACCCGAGAGCGAGAGCUGAAAGAGGAAGUGCGCCGGGAACGGGACAAAGAGAUCGAGGUGGCUAUUCGGAGGCUAGAAGAGGAAACCAACACAGCUAGAGAAGAGAGCGAAAGAGCAGCCGACAACCGUGUAAAGCGUGUGAGGGAAAAGUACGAAGCAGAGCUUCGAGAGCUGGAACGCUCGGAGCAGGUAGCUUUGGAAAAACAUCAGGAGAUGAAAAGGAAACAGGUUGAAACGGAAGGAGAGCUUCUCCGCUUGCAGUCCCUUCUUACGCAAAAAGAGCUGGUGAUUGCUGAUCUCACGCAGAUCCGAGAUAAAAUGUCAGAAGAGAGGCGGAGCCUGGCUGAAAUCAUCAGAGAGGAGUUUGCAGAAAGGCUGGUUGUAAUGGAGGAAGAGAACAAAAGGAUGAAGGUUGAGGUGGCCGAGGUACGCGCCAGACUCCGGCUCGAGUUGGAGCGACUCAGCAGAGAGAAAGAGGAAGAGCUGGCCGAGGUCCACCAGCGGGUGAAGUCAGCUAUUUUGAAGAAGGAAGAAACUGUGAACUUUUUGAGAAAGCAGCAUGAGGCUGCACUAAAGAGAGCAGAUCAUCUGGAGGCCUUGUUGGAGCAUCAGAGAAAACAGCUGUUAGGAAAAUGAUUUUUUUGCUCUCCCUUUUCCCUGAUCAAUAGGUGGGAUUAGGCAGGAGGAUAGAGGGAGAGAGGAUUGUUCCAUCACCAUUUCUCCAUUUGGCACAACAGUGUUUUCUUUCCCUGGGUGACAGAAACUGAACUAAGAGAAGAACGCGUAAGAGCGCCAAAAGGCCUUUGUCACGCCUUGGACUAGACCACAAACUUCUCUUGAUAUAUAGGCCAAGAGAGAAAAAAAGGAGCAAGCUGGGGUGGUGCGGGGGCAAAGGAAUUAUUCUCCGUAUGAGCAGAGUGGGGGUGGGAAAGGCUCUUACUGAGUACAGGACUUUUAUACGUUCUAAACACUUUGCGCUGUUCUUUCUUUGAAGCAACUGUGUGUGGGGGGUUAGUAGAGAUAGUGGUGUGACGCAGAGGGACGAUAAAGAAAUGUGAAACUAAAAAAAUAUAAAUAUAUGUGUCAGACACACAGUUUACUACCCUGUGCUUGUUGGAAAGCUGUUCCCCUGCUGCAGGCUUUCAGUUUCUACACAGUAUUACAGAAAGAGGGAGGGAGGACCAGCUCUCACCCACCCACCUUCCCCUUUGUGUCACAAACAGAUGCCCUUUGUCUCAGGUCUCCCCGGGGCUCGCAUGGAGUAGUGGGAUCACAGCACAUUCACUGAAACACGCAGGCCUUAUGACCAGUCAAGCCCUGAAUUCGAAGUGUGUUAAAGGUCUUAUCAGACUUGUUAUAGUUAGGAGAAUGUUCUAGAAACCUGUUAAUGGUGGAGAAAAAAAAAGGAAAUAACAAAAAGUGAGUACUUAGGUAUGCUUUUGAAUCGAAUAAUGGUUGCUAAACAGUAUGUAUUAUGAGUAGAGUUUGUGACAUGAGAAAGUCCCAAAGUAGGAAUUUUGCUUUUACAGAUAGUAAUAGUGAGAAGGCUUUAGAAUGUGAAAAGGCAGGAGGAUGGACAAAGCAAAGUGCAAAGGACAUGUUUAGAGGAUUAAGAAAAGUAGAGCUAGCAUUUAAAGGGACAGGACUACACUUUGUGUUUAUUUAACACUAAAAGCUUCCCCAGGAAAUGUAUACCUCUGAGCACUGAAGAGGCCUGAGACAAAGUGCACUAAUACGUUUAAAGAAAUACUAAGGGGCUGCUCGCUUCUCUCCCUGCUCAGUCCCCCCAGAGCAAAAGCGCCUCUUCCCAUCCUCUUCUCUUAUACACUAUCGGGAUCAGUGGACAUAUUGGGAUUGGCUGCAUUUUUGAAAUGCACUCUCAUGUUGAUUCUCUGUUGAUCCUUUCAUGUUUUUAGAAGCACACCUGCUUCUUUGAACAGGAAGACAUUGGCUGUUUUUUUCAGCUUUUAUGACUUGUUUUCUACCUAGAAAACCGUUCUCCUUAGCUGCUGCUCUCGGAAGGUCAUGUAAAGCAUGACCGAAUGGAAACGCUACAUCACCAACUAAUAUUACUUGCGUCUAAUUUCAACUUUAACAUGUAAUGUAGUAAAUGUCCUUAUUAGAUAGGUUGACUGAUUCAGUGCUCCAGUACAUGGAGAAGUAGCUCAGUGUUGAUGCAUUUAAGCAACUGGUAACCAUUUAUGCCUUUCCGCUAAUGAAAAGGCCUUAUGUUUGAACAGUGUUAAUUUUGUAAAAACAGUACUGUUCACUUGUACCAUUAUUAAAUGGGAGUUUAA